CAUUCCCAAAUAUAUCCAGUUGGAGGUGCCACGUGUCAAUGACCCAUUGAGUGUCUCAAAUUUCAUGGCCCCCGUCGAAAUCAGGCGCAUAAUCUCCUUCCAAGGCCGCGCCAGCAAGAGAAAGAGACAACAAACAAAGAAGAAGAGCUGUCGAGGUAGAGGGAAGGAGCAGCGACUGGAUUCCAGUGCUCUUCUCUUUCAGAUAUUAAUGGCUGGUUUGGCUACUUGUUGUUCCACUCUUUCUUCCACAAGCCAUGUUGCUGUGUCUUGGUUAGAAUUCCAGGCCCAUCACAAUGGAAGAAAAGCACUGUGGAAACCGAAUCGAAGGAGAAAUGCAUACGGGAUUAGAGCUGAGGUGAAGUUUGUGAAGGCAGAUGAAGCAAAAAAGCUGGUAUCAGAAGAAGGGUAUGCGGUGGUUGAUGUAAGGGACAUAACGCAAUUUGAGAGAGCUCGUAUAAAGUCGUGUUACCACGUUCCUCUUUUCAUAGAGAACAAAGAUAAUGACAUUGGUACCUUUGUUUUAAGGACAGUGCACAACAACUUCUCGGGUUUGUUCUUUGGACUACCUUUCACUAAGCCUAACCCUGAGUUCAUUGAGUCGGUCAAAACCAAGUUUUCAGCCGGAAGCAAACUUUUACUCGUGUGCCAGGAAGGACUGAGGUCUGCCGCGGCAGCGAACAAGUUAGAGAGUGCCGGUUUUGAGAACAUAGCAUGUAUAACAUCUGGUCUUCAAUCCGUUUCACCAGGUACAUUUGAUUCGGAAGGUAAGACUGAGCUAAAAGAUGCUGGUAAAGCCGGUUUGGUCACAGUUCAAGGCAAGAUCUCAGCUGUUCUUGGAACCGUACUCAUCUGUGCAUUUCUGUUCAUCACAUUCUUUCCGGACCAAGCAGAGCAGCUUUUAGCACUUGUGCCUGCUAGCUAGACUACCACAGUAUUGUACCUAACGAGUGCGGUUGCCAUAAUCUCGAAACAGUUCCUCGAAUCUUAAACUAUCGUCGUUUAUAUCCAUCCAAAGUAAAAAACAACUGCAAAUGAACAAUCCUGCCCAGGUAUAAAAUCAAUGGCCAACCAAUACAUUGGCUAAACUGAAAGGAAGGAAGAAAAGGAAACAAUUCCGAUAUUUAAAAAAAGCCAAACGUUGAAAAUGGAAUUCACAAGAAAACUGGGAACCUAACCAGGAGGGUGUAAACAAAUAUUACAGU